GUGUUGAUGACAAAAUAAUAAAAAAUCAUUUUACCAAUGAAGAACUCCUUGAGAUGUCUUGUGAAGAUCCUAUAAUAUUAUCCGAACUUUCAGGAGAAGUAACUAAUUGUUUGAGUGGUUUUAUCAAUAAAAGGGAUUCUGAAAGAAUUGAGUUUGGAAGCAAUUAUGAUCUUAAUGUGAAUCAUGAUGUGGAUUAUAUUUUAUUUGCACUAUAUGGAUUAGUAAGAGAGAUUGAAAAUAGUAAUAUCAAAAAUUUAAAUUUGGAGGCAUGGUUUAAUUCUCAUGUAUGGAAUAUUAUAGUUGAUCAGGCAUUUGGGGAUUUAGAUGUAGUGUGUGUAGUAAGGGGAGAGAGUACAAGUAUUGCUUUUGCUUCCAGAAAGAACAAGAAAAGAAAACUUGGUGAGAGAAGGAAGCUUGGUUGUAGAAAUGAUUUUAUAAUCAGAUCGGUUAGCAAUGGAAAUAAAGAUGAAUUUGGAGCAGGUGAGGUUGGAAAGGAUUGGACAGAUGAAUUUGGUACUAAGUUUAUGCAAGAAGCAGGGCUUAAGUUGCCCAAAAUGCUAAAAGACAUGUUGUUAAAAUUAAUCAAAAAAGUUGAUAAUGUUAAGUGCCCUGAAAUAAAAACAGUGGGAGUAGUACAUAGUGGUUUGAUGAUGAUGGUUGUGCAUGUAGAUAACCCCAAAGGGUAUAUCUGUAGGUUUCAACGUGGAGAGUUAAUGGAGGUGUCAGAUGCACCAGAAAAAUUUCCAAAUAUUUUACCAAUAUUGUCAUCAGCUUUAAAUAUAAAGAAUGUAGUAAGACGAACCUUGAAUACUGUAAAUUCAAAACCACUAUCUCCACAAUUAUUUAAAAAUGCUGGAUUCAGGAGAAAUGAUUAUGAUCAAUAUCAACAGGACUGGUUACCUACUUCUAUAACAACACCAAAGCUACCUACUUCCAUAAAAACAUUGAAAAAGAAGCAAAGAGUUUCUAAUGCCAAGCCUACUGAGUGUAAUCAAGAGGAAUUUAUUUAA